CAAUCUGGUAAACAGUGAAAUACAUUUCGGAAGCGUUCUGCGAACUAAAGCAACACAAAAUGGUUAUUUGCCAGUAUUUUCUUAACAAUAAUUGCCGAUUUGGCUCAAAAUGUCACAACGAACACAUAGACAUAUGCGGAAUAGUAAAGAACGAGGUGGAAGUGACACUCAAAGGAAACCAGUGGCCCUUAUCGUGCUUUGGCCCGUUCAAAGAACGUACUUGUAUUCCAAACUUUAUCGAAGAUCAAAGCUUUGAAGAGAUACGCAUGAUAUACCUGGAGGCCAAAGCGCAGAACAAUAUCCCAGCCCAUCAGAUGCAACUGGCGCAGAUGAUAAACGAUGCCAAAACGAAGCUCCAAUUGUUGACGACAAUGAACGGGGAGGUCCUUGGCGCACUGGUGGAACUGUACAAUCAACAGGAAAGUAGCGCUAAACAGACCGGCGUACCCUCGAAUCCCUUUGCCUCGAUAGGACCCAACAAUACCAGUGGCACCAAUAGCAGUGCAACUUCGAGUAUUUUCGGAGGAGCAACCAGUGGUACUGCGUUCGGUUCUAGUUUCGGAACAAAUCCAUCUGGCAGUACGACUGGCGGGAUAUUUGGCCAAGCUGCCCAAUCUGGCGGUAACAUUUUUGGUUCGACAGCAUCUUCCACUGCCGGAAACAUAUUUGCCAAAGCUGGAGCUUCCCAGACUCAGGGCAAUAUUUUUGGAAUGGCCCAGCCGUCGCAACCGACCAACAGUAUCUUCGGCGGUCCUGCAGUACUUGGUGGUGGACUAUUCGGUAGUGUGCAGCAACCCGCAACCGCUACGCCCUUGUUUGGCUCAGUGACCGCACAACCGAAUCCUUCGGUGGGAGGUAGUAUCUUCGCAAAACCAGCUCAACCAACCAACGCCUUCGGGCAGCCGGUAAACGCAAGCGGAGCUUUCGGUGGCGGAAACAUUUUUGGGAACAGCGCAGCAGCGGCCACUCCAGCAACCGGCUUCGGGGCUGUCGCAGCACAACCCCAGCAAGGCGCAGGGUUGUUCAACUCCGUUUCCUUUGGCCCCACCCAAACUGCUUCCUCUUUCGGACAGUUUGGUGCUUCGAUGCAGCCGAACGCUCCGGCCAACCCUUCAUCACAAAAUUUGUUUCUCCCCACUCCCGCUGCUAGUUUACCUGCGUUUGGAGUAUCGGAUGGAAAAAGCGCCUUCGGUACUGUAACAUCCGACCCGCUGUCCGCCAGCCGACAAAUUAUAUCAGAAAGGAUGUACAGCAAAAUGGAAGAACUAACGCCUGAUCAGUUAGCUGCCUUCAAUACAGAUCAAUUCCAGCUGGGACGAAUUCCAACGGUUCCGCCGCCAGAAGAAUUGUGUCGUUAAAGUAAAAUGGUGUCGGAAGAAUAAAUCAAAUUCCA